AUCACGCCGCGUUGCUGAACACGUUUGUAUGUUGAUCUGUGCUGAAAGUAAUGACCAACGGAUUAUUUAACAGUUAUAUAUUAAUGUUUAAUUGGUAUUUAGUAUCCCGUUUAUAUUAUUCAAACGAUUUGCUGUUGUUAAUUUGAAUUAUUUUCCACGUGUUAUACCGUCUUGCAAUGAGAAUCAUAAAGAGACCAAACAUCCUUCUCACAGGAACCCCAGGAGUUGGCAAGACCACACUAGGCAAAGAGGUGGCUCAGAGAACAGGACUAACUUAUGUCAAUGUUGGUGAUUUGGCACAGGAUGGUCAGUUGUUUGAUGGAUUUGAUGAAGAAUACCAGUGCCCUAUAUUGGAUGAGGACAGGGUUGUGGAUGAGCUGGAGGACAAAAUGGGAGAUGGAGGCAUCGUAAUAGAUUACCAUGGCUGUGAUUUCUUCCCUGAACGCUGGUUUCACAUUGUUUUUGUCCUCCGUACAGACAACACCAGUCUCUACAAUCGUCUUGAAAGCAGAGGCUACACAGGAAAAAAGCUCCAGGACAAUGUGCAGUGCGAGAUUUUCCAGACUAUCUAUGAGGAAGCCAUGGAAGCUUAUAAGGAGGAGAUAGUCCACCAGCUCCCCAGUAACACUCCUGAGGACCUGGAAAGGAAUCUGGAGCAAAUUAUUCAGUGGAUUGAACAAUGGAUGAAAGAAAACAAUUAACAUGGGACAUUCUAUUUAACAAGCUAAUACACUUUUGAGUUAAUCUCUUAAAUAGACAGACUGUAGAAAUCAAGUUUAAUAGUUUAGUGGCCCCAGAGAUAGUAUGUUAGUCCUUGCUCUUCAGAACCAAUGUGACUAACAACUGGAUUUGAGAGAAGUUAAAAACAAUUCCAUAGUGGAUGGUAAGAAAUAAAUAUUUUUAUAAUGUAAUUCAGAGGGACUCUUUCUUUGUUUAUAUAUAUAUAUAUAUAAUUUUUUUUUUAAUACACUAGGUUAAAUGAUCACAAUUUUACAUUUCUCAGCUGGCACAAUAUAGUUCUUGGUCGUGCCAUACCUCAUUCACUGAAAAUUACACUAGGCUGUUCUCCUCAAAAGAUUGUCACUCAUCAGUACAUAAUUGGUAUAUAGAGUGCAUAAUUGUAAAGUUAGUUAAUCUGGGCAAAGUUUAUUAUUUCCUUGAGUAAAAAGACACUAAUGUUGGAGUAAAUUUUCUUUCAUCAAUCAUUUCAGAUUGCCAUAUCUAUUGAUAUUUUUCCAAUAAUUUUUUACUUUUAUUACCCUAAAUUGGGGAUUUAUUUUGUUGUCUUGCCCCAUCAGCAAUCAUAUCUACUUCUGAGCCUCAUUAGAACAUUCUACACUUUGCAUAUCAUCAAGAAUGAAAGGGACAAUGUUUUGUUGUCCCUUUGUCCUAUGCUGUGCAAUAAAGGAUGGAAAGUGAUUUCUG